AUGUCGCGACCGGCUCGUUUGCCUGAGAAAAACCAGGGCGUCACUUCGCUGAAAAUUCAGGGCUUCGAUCCAGAAAGGGGAUCUCCGGCAACAAAACCGGAUUCUACCACGAAUUUGUGUCCGGAUUCCAUGGACCACGAAUUCUCGCAGUGGCAACCUUCACCGAACCAAACGUUCACAAGUCUCUGCCCACCUGAGUUCCACCCUCAUUCUUCCAAGCUGCAGGCAGCCCCGGGCGUGGUGCGAAAGACGGCGAGAUGGAACCAGCUGGAGCACAAAGCGUUCAUUGACACUUGCGAACUUGUCAUAGCUGAGGGUCACCGACGAGGCAAAUGCUUCUCCUCGAAAGGAUGGCAACGAAUAUCAGACAUGUUCAACUCGUCGACGGGGAAGGACUGGACGACAACGCAGAUGAAGAACUACUGGAAUAAACUGCGAACGGAUCACAAACUUAUGUUUGAGUUGUUGCGAUGCACUGAAAUUGAGUACCGCUCGGGUACGGGAAGAAUUCACACCGCUGACCAUUGGUGGGAAGCAAAAAUUAAGGAGAACCCAAAGUAUGCGAAGUACAGGAACUUCAACUGCAGCGAGAUUUAUGACACGUACGGUAGAUUGUUCGGGGACACUGGAGACUCGACCAAGUAUGCGUUGUCCCCGACGAAGUUGUCGCACCGUGGUUUUGAUUUGGGCACAGAUAGCGACAGAGAGUAUGGAGGUGACAAGUUGCCCAUAAACGCGGAAGCCACAGAUUCAAGUGGCAGCCCAGUCGAAGGUCGAACAAACUCCUCCAUGAAUAUAUCAGCACACCACAGUGGCGAUAAAAGAAAAACCAAGCACAGGAAGGGAAAAGCAAAGAAGAAAAUGUUUGGCGCACGAGAAGUUUCGGCUUCCCUUGAACAGAUGGUUAGUGUUGGAACGGAUCUUGCGUCAAUUGCCCGCUCGUAUCGUAAGGGAGGAAUGACAAUCGAGUCAUGCGUUGACGAACUUCUGUCGUCUGGCCAUGUUCAGGAAGGUGAUCGGCUCCACCUCUUUGCCUUAUGGUUCCUCCGGGACAAAGACAAUUGGAACUCGUACUGUGCUGCGAAGACACCUCACUUGAGAUUUAAAUUCAUCGAGUAUUGUUUCGAGCGAGACAAUAUGUCCAUUAAUCGUAAGGAUUGA